UUUCCUGAUGAAGAUGAAGAAACGAAGCUAUAUCGCUUGAAGAUAGAAGAACAGAAGCGCCUAAGAGAAGAAAUCCUGAAACAGAAGGAGUUACGACGGCAACAGCAAGCUGGUGCCAGGAAGAAGGAGUUACUGGAAAGGCUUGCGCAGCAGCAGCAGCAACAGCAGCAGCAGCUCUACGCCCCACCACCCCCAGCAGAGCAGGAGGAGCAGACAGCCUCACCUUCACCCACCAAUGGUAACCCACUGUUGCCCUUUCCAGGUGCACAGGUCAGACAGAAUGUGAAAAACAGACUUCUUGUUAAAAACCAAGAUGUCACUGUUUCAAAUACUCAGCCCAAAAUGUCAAAUUUUGUACCAUCUGUUGCUAACAUGCAGUAUCAAGGACAGCAGAUGAAGCCACUGAAACAUUUGAGACAGGCCAGAACAGUACCUCAAAGUCAAGCUCAGCCGUUGCACAAAGUACUUCAGAUAAAACCUGCCGAUGCGGAAGAGCCACCUCACCCCCAGACAGCCCGAGUGACAUCCAUCCAGGGCCGGCCCCAGGACAUAAAGCCUGGUGUGAAAAGGACUGUCAUGCACCGAGCUAACAGUGGUGGUGGAGAUGGGCCACACCUCAGCUCCAAGGUCAGGGUGAUUAAGUUGUCAGGCGGGGUAAGUUGA